AAUAAAGGGAACGACGUCGUGCAAGUGAUGGCUUUGUUGCUCAAGGCAUGAUGAACUCACUGACAUAUUUUAGUACCGUCAAUUCAGCUUAUGGUAGCUAUAAUUAUGAUGCUCAAAAGCACAAUGCUUGGAUAGAGUUACAGUUGCAAAAAGAAGCGAAGUCUCUAAGUUCAAAAUAUAAACCAUAUUUGCAAACUGAAGAUUUAAACAAUUCUCAGUUUAAGCAAAGCCAAUUCCUUACAAUGUCAAAUGCGAUAUCAAUGGACUUACAAAACCAUCAACAUUUUUAUCGUAAACAUGAACAUUUUAGUAAUAAAAGCAGUAUAUUUAACCCAACCAGUCAAAAUUUAAAGGGAUUUGAUUCUACGUACCAGUCUGGAACACAGUAUGUUCAGACAAGUGGAGCAGACGUGUUCUGCAAUGUUAACUCACUUGCAUUUCAUAAAAUACCAUUGCAACAACAACUCUUCCAGUAUCGACUUCUGCAACAAAAAAAACAGUUAUUCCAGAAACGGUUUACCCUUGAUCCAAACCAACAACAAGCAAUAAUUCGAGAACAGAACUACAAGCUUUCAAACCACCAACUACAAAGCGUGUCUUUGGUAUCAUCCCCGAAAGACGAGUUUUUCCAAAAUGUAAAUGCGUUUGGGAGUAGAACCAAAUUUCAACAGUAUCUAACAUCGCCUCCACUUAUUGCCCACAACCUUCAAUCUGCGAACACUAUUUUAAAAACAUCCUAUAUAAACCAGCAAUCACAGAUCACUCCUGUUUUAACCAUAAAAUGCCCAGUAUCUAACAGAAUUAGUUCGGAGAAAUGGAAUUCGUUGCCACAAGCAUUGAACGCAUGUCAUUUGAAAAAAUCAAACAGAUUGGAUAUGGGACGAAUUUCAAGUUUUUUAAAUCCAUCGCCACCGCCAACCCUUAUUUCUCAAAAUUGGCAAACAUUAAUUAAACCUCUAAGGGAAAGGCCUAUACUUGAAAUAGCUGAGCACAUGGAAUCUGUAUAACUUCACAAUAGCGAUUAUACAUUGAUUAGAAAAAUUUAUCGAUUCUUGCUAUAUUACAAAUAACAUUAUAUUAUUAAAAACGUUUUGCUGUGCUAUUAAUUUAUUGUGUUUACAACAAGAAAAGAACAAUAAUGUCUAAAACAAUAUCAAUUAUUUGUAUGCAUUUAUAA